AUGGGUUCCAGGCUCUCUCGAGCGCAAGUGGACAGUGAACCUGCGCCCACACCCGCGCCCCUUCCUAACCCAGUGCGAAAGCCGAGUAGUGCUUCGGCCCAAGAACCGGUACAGUGUGUCAUCUGCCUGUCAACGCUACCAGACGCAAAAGACCCCAAACACGCGAAGGAGGCUAUCAAGCCAUGCAGAGUGUGUGAGCACGUGUACUGCGCAUCGUGCAUCAAGCACAUGUUCACCGAGGCGUGCAAGGAUACAACGCAACUACUCAAGAGCUGGGGUUACAAGAAGUGCCCAAAGUGUGGACAUGGUCUUAAGCGCAUGUAUGGAUGCAACCACAUGGAGUGUCGCUGCGGAGCCCACUUCUGCUAUGCUUGUAUGGAAGAAUACGAUCAAUGUGGCGGAAGGUGCAUCAAUGACGAGGAAGAUUACGAUGACUAUACCAGCGAUGAAGUCGAGGACCCGGACGCACGUGAGGAUGGGUCACAGGCGGCUGCGAUACCCCAGACUCAACAGAUUCAGGAUGAAAGCGGGUCCGUGCCAACACAAGUACAGAACUCAAACGUAUCAGCUGAGCUGGCUUCUCCUCAAGCUGUUGCGCAACUAUUGAAUCUGGAUGGCGGAGGACAACGAUACUGGGAACAACAGGACUUGUAUUUCGGCGAAGAACCAGGGGAAAUUUAUCAGAACCGCUCAUGGUCUUGUUAUCACGAGUUCCACACAUGUUCGAUCAGCCUAAAAAAAGCGCUAGCUGGCGAUCCAGUAACCACUGGCAUGGAGUGUGUAAAAUGUUGGGGCGCAAUACAUCCAGAAAUCGAGAAGCCUGUCAAGUCUAAGGCCAAGAAAGUCCCAGCAGACGCAGGAGGAACGGCACGAGGUAUCCGAAGAGGACCACUGCGGGCAACGGGUAGGCCAAGGGGACGUCCGAGAUAUAUAGCCCCUCGCGGCCUGUUUCGAAAUGAUGCUACGAUUGGAACAGCCCCGCAUCUUACCGCCGCCGUUGCAUCACCACUGUCUCUGAGCGUACCGGAUACUUCGCCCAUGGAGGAUGUGCGCUACUCGGAUCGUGUGGUAGAGACAUACGCCAACACGAUUGUGACAACGGAGAUGAAGCGACACCGCCAGGCAUUUACAGACAACUCUGUCGCAUCGAAGAAGCCUGCAUCUUCCGAGAAGCACUCUUCGGCAGUAUUUAUCACACCGACACCAAAGUUCAGCCUCGCAUACGAUUGCAUCUUCUGCAGGCUUCUCGUCUGUGCCACGUGCAAAGAUGAAAUUAUAGCUGCCCAGGAAGCUAAGAAGAAUGAAGAAGAAGGGGGGAAGGAGUAA